CGUUCCGCCUGGUUUCCGUCGCGAAGGACGCGGCGUCGGUUGGUUGUCAAGAUGGCUGCGGCGGGGUCGCAGCCGCUAGCGCCGCUGUCGCCCCGCGAGGUCGCCGCCCUCACCGCUGCCGUCGCCACCGUCGCCGGGGCCGCGAAGCCAGCGCUGCCGCGGCCGAGCCCGUGACGCGGGGCGGGAGACGCGCGGGGCCGGGAGCGCCGAGGAGGAGGGAGGCCGAGCGGCCAUGCGGGCGGCGCUGGGGUGAAGGAUGCUGGCCGGCAGGCCCGGAGCCCAGAGCGCAGGCGCGGGCCCGGGAGCGCGGCCCUCGGACCCGCUGGGCGCCCGGGACGGCGGGCGGCCGCGACCCGGCGCUUUCCUAGAUAUGAAAAUCCAUCUGGAGAAAAAUUUAGAAGAAGAACGCCAGAUACUACUACAGCAACAAAAAAUAUGCAGGAAUCGAGCACGUAAAUAUUUCAUGGAGUCAAACCGGAGAAGGAAAGCUUUCGAAGAGAGACGCAGAGAGCAAGAGGAAAGAGAGCAUCAAAUGAGAGAGCGCAUCCUGCAACAGAGGAAGCAGAAGUUUGAGGAAGUCACGGAAAAAUUUCAGCGUGCCCAUGUCCCUCUCUCUCAGAGGAGGAGGGCAGUUUUUCACAAUCCAGUUCCUCCAUUAGAAGAGGCCCUUAAACAAAUUCAGGAAUCCAACUUAAAAUCAGAAGUAAACAUUCCUCUUUCCCACAGACCAGCAACAAGUUGGCGAGCUAUAGAUUCUGCCUUGCCUUCAGCGUUGUCAAAAAAUGACCACAAACAUCAAAAAUAUCUCGUACGCAGAAUUAACUGUGAAAAAGAAAUGAAGGAAAACAACAUAGCAAACGUAGCUACUAACAAAAAUGUGUUCCAGCUUAAACUGGAGGAGACUCAGAAGCUCCUAGAGAAUCAACAUUUAAGCAGUUUGCAAAAAUUUUGUGAUGAAGUUAAUCAGAUAACCAAUUCUGAAACUCUCUCGAGUAUAGACAGCCUCGAGGCCGGAGAGCGUGAAGAAAUAUACAUAACACUUAGUAUGACUCCUUCCACCUCAGCCCAGCAGAACUCUGUUCCCCUCCAGUCAGCAAGUCUGCAGUCAGCACAUCUAAACUGCUGUGACGAAGGUAGACUGUCUUUCUCUAAAACCCAGCAUAUAAACAAUUGGCUUACAAACUUAGAUGCCCAAAAUACUCAGCCUGUCACAUCUUUUUCAGACAUUUUAAGUAAAUCUAGUGUUCUGCCCUCAUGGGAAUGUUUGAGUAAUAAAGAACAAAAUCCGCCUCCUCUGAGCAGAACUGUGGACAGAGCCACCAGAACGGCUAAUGACUCGGUACUCUUUGUAUGUAGUCCUUCCGUGGUUACUCUAGAUAAAAGCAGAGAGAAGACGCCUGAAGGGAGUACUGUGAGGACCAGUGAUGCCACGUGUGGAACAGCCCAGAGGGAGAGGCUGUUGGGCGCUGAGGAGCCCGUGUUUAAAGUCAGUGGGGCCUGGACUACUCCAGAGUCUCCAACCCAGGAAGCAGCUUCACUGCCCACCCAGGAGACACUGUCGGCGGCGCCAAGUCUAGACAGCGGGAGUGCUCCCAACCCUCCCUCGUCUGUACUUUCGUCGCCUCAUCCGCAGCCGGGAGGGCCCCUAUCAGAGAGCAACACACACAUAAAAGAAGUUGAACCCGUGCAGUGUUCUGAUAAGUUAGAUGAACUGAAGGAUGUGAAAUGUGAAAAGAUAAACGAUUCUAACGGUAAUAAAGACAGUGUCCAGGCCACCUGUGCCCCUCCAAAUUCAAAUUCAAAAGAUAGAAAACAUAAAGCAAGUGGACCGUCAGCCGCACUGUGUAGCGCAACGCCUGCCUGUGACUUGCCUGAGCAGCACAUCCCGAAGCACACCGUCCAUGAACAAAGUGGCGCGAGGCUGCUUAAGAGUAUAUUAAAGAAAGAAUCCAGAUACGAUCAUGAUUACCUCAAGGCACUAGUUGUAAAUCAGAGUUUUAGGUUUAGACAUCAAAAGGCAGAAGCUAUUCGAGAUAGUAUUGAAUUAACAAAACAGAAAGGGAAAGGGACAGGAACCCCAAAGACUAUUAAAAAGCUACGGUGGCUUGAUGAAAGUGACAUCAUAGACAGCUGUGUAGAUGAUAGCCACCCAGUGAGGAACAGGGCAGGGGUGGCUGCACAGUGGUUACAGCACUGUCACACCAACAGUGUGCAAAUGCCAACCUGCAACCUGACCAGCGUCCCUGACUGUACUGCACACUCUGCUGGUGGAAAGAAAGCCAAGGCUGACGGUGUCCCCGAACAUGUCACUGACCCGGGAGGGUAUGAAAUGGACAGUGUGCCUUUGACCUCUUCUCCACCUUCAGGCUGUAGCUUCGCUAAACAAGCCUGGUUGGCCUGCAGAAGAGACGAGAGCAGAGCCCCUGUGUGUGCUGGUGACGCGAAGACUCAGAAGUCUAAGCCUCCAAGGGCAGCAAAGGGGACUAGGAGGACAGGGUCUGCAAAGGUCCAGACAGGCCUUGUACAUGGGAACAGAAAAGCCACUGUCAACCAGCCAUCGUCUUCAAGCAAAGCCAACGCACAGGCCCAAACUCAGGAUAAACUAAUUAUACCUCAUUCUCCGCCUAAACUACCAACAAAUAGUAAAACUAGUAAAAAUAUGCAAAUGUCUCCACGUCAGUUAGCUACACCUGAACAGUCUCCAAACGUCAUGACACAGAACUGUGUAAGUUCAUGUGUGCUCCCAACAGAGUACCGUUUGAACCAGCGGACUCAGGAAAGUCAUCUCCCAUUCUCAGACGCUUGUUCCAACCUACUCGCUUUGGCCCCAGCCCUAUCAUCUCCUUACCGUUCUGAGUGCCAAAGCUCAGCAAAGGCAAACUAUUCCAGUGGCACUCGCACAGGCUCCCAGCAAGAAGGGACACUGUAUUUCACCCAGAGAAGUCCUAUUUGUGAAGAGAGCAGCCAGGUGUUGACUCAUAGGAACACCGGAGAGGACCCGAUUCUCCCAUGGAGAAGGAGGAACAAUGGGAGCCAAAGUGACAGGGCCACUGAUUCUGUUACAAGAAGAAAGCAAGUUGUUGAAAGUAAGUGGAGAAGCCUGUUAGAGCAGAAAAGAAAAACCUCUGGAUCUACAGGAACGAAGUACACCGAGCAAAUGAUUGUAAGUAUAUUUGGACAAAGUGUCCCACUAAGUGCAAGUGAGCCAAUACACGCUAAAAGAGGCCUCAAGACUGAAGAAGUUUCAGGUAAUACUUCUGAGUGUUUGGUGGCAGAAAACCCCGUGAUUUCUUCAGUACCUGAGGAUGAAAUUCUAACUGCUAUACACAGCAAGCAGCUACAGAAACCAAACCUGUCCUUGAGUAAGGCCCAGCCAUCCAACAUGUGUGCAGUGUCAGCUGAAGAGCAGAAGGUCCUUCGGUCCCUCCAUCGCCUCAAUGAAAGGCUAUACUAUGUACAAGAAGCCAUUUGCAAAAACCCAUCCAUCAAAAAUACUUUGCAGUUAAUACCACUUCUGAAUGCCCAGCCAAGGGCCAGGCUCUCCCCUGAUGCUGGAUCCAGAGUGCAGAAAAAAUACUGAUCAACUGUGACAGUCACUACUUAAGAGAAUCAUUAUUUUUGAGAAUCCUGCAAAUAAAUUCUGUAUUUCUGCAUUUACUAAUGAUUAAAAAUAUUAGACUUUUAUGUUUAUAAAAGUAAAUCAUAAUAUAAGUAAUAGAAAUGAAUUUACUAGCUUAUAUUUAUGCUACAAAUUAUACUUUAUUAUGUAUUUUCCUGACACAUUUUUAAUGAAUGAAAUACUUCAUUGUUUUCAAUAAGCAUGCUAAUGAAUAUCAAUUUUCUCUAUUUAAAAAUAAAAGAGGCUAUUUUAUUAUUCAAAUUAUGUAUUAGGUAUGAUAGUGAAGCUUUGUGUUCUAAAAUUCCUAAUUCUAAUAAAUUUUUGUACAAGUAUCCAAGAAGCUUAUGAUUAAAAACACCCCCCACAAAUAAUAAACCUAUUUGUCUAAGA